AUCUGCAAAACAGCUCAAAGGAUAUGGCUCAGAAUAUUAUAUAUAGUCCUUGAGAAGGAACUAAAGAUCCUUGAUUUGUUAAAUGACAAAGCCAUUACUUUGCCUUGCUUAACUCUUUUCCUUUCUGCAUUUUCUCACUUUUCUAAUUAAAUUUAUUCUUUGGAACUCAGGGAAGGCCUAGGACACUAAAGUUUUUCUGCAAACAGCCGGCAAAGGACAUGGGGGAGGAGGGCCUGUUCUGGGAAGGCCCCAUAGGGUCCUCAGUUACACUACUAUCCACCUAUUAGAAUAUUUAAAAUCUUAAAAACACUGAUAACACCAAGCGCUGACAGGAUAUGAAGCAACAGAGACUCUCAUUCUUUGACGGUACAGCCACUUUGGAAGACAGUCUUGCAGUUUCUUACAAAACUCAACAUACUCUUACCAUACGAUCUAGUAAUCACGCUCCUUGGUAUUUACCCAAAUACGUGGAAAACUUACAUCCAUGCAAAAAUCUGAACAGGUGUGUAAAGUAGCUUUAUUCAUAACUGCCAACACUUAGAAGCAAUCAAGAUGUCCUUCGUAGGUGAAGGGAUAAACUUAAUUCAUCAGACAAUGGAAUGUCAUUCAGUGUUAAAAGCAUACAAGCUGUCAAGACAUGAAAAGACUUAAGUGGAAGAAGCAAAUCUGAAAAGACUAUGACUCCAACCACAAGGCUGGAAAAGGCAAAACUAUGGGGGCAGCACAAAGUUAAGCACUUGCCAAGGGUAGGAGAGAUGAAGAGGAUUAAGGCAGUGGCACUAUAAUGGUGGACAUAUGACAUCAUACCUUUGCCAAAACUCAUGGAAGGUACACACCAAGAGUAAGCCCAACGUGAACUAUGGACUGAGUAGCAACGAUGCGUAGAUUCAUUGAUAAGCAAAGGUGCCACACUGGAUAAUGACAGUGGAAGUGACUGUAUGGGUGGGGGGGGCAGAGAUAUAUGCGAACUCUGUACUUAAUUUUGCUGUGACCCUAAAAUCCUUUAAAAAUAGCCUAAAAAAUAAAUUAACAAAAAUAACCACGUUUAAAUGAGAAGAAAAAAGGUUGCCGAGGAAAGGAGGAAAUGAGUGUGAAUAUGAACGAGUGAUGAAAAAGAAAAAUUAAGGAGAGGGCUCUUGCACUGGGUUUAUGACAAUAAAAUGCCACGGGAGUUCCUGAGCAAUGGAAUUGGCAGCAUCUCAGCAGUGCCAGGGCUCAGAUUCUGUCCAUGGCCCCACACAAUGGGUUAAAGGAUCUGGCAUUGUCACUGCUGCAGCUUGGGUGUAGUUUGCAACUGUGGCUGGGAUCUGAUCCCUAACCUGGGAACUCCAUUUGCUGAGGGGCAGCCAAAAAGAAAAAAAAAAAAAAGAAAUGCCAUGAAAUGUGGAUUGAACUCAAUGCUCACCUUCAAUCUAAGAGAACGAAAAUGAGAUUUUUAUAUGUACAUGCUCUGUAAUCAUAAAUAUAUCAGAUUUAGCAUUCGGAUUUUUUUUUUUUCUUUUUAAGGCUGCACCUGCAGCAUAUGGAGGUUCCCAGGCUAGGGGUCGAAUCCGAACUGUAGCUGCUGGCCUACACUACAGCCACAGCAACGCAGAAUCUGAGCCACAUUUGCGACCUACACUACCGCUCACAGCAACACAGAAUCCUUCACCCACUUUGGGAGGCCAGGGAUGGAACCUGUGUCCUCAUGGAUGCUAGUCAGAUUCGGUUAACCGCUGAGCCACGACGGUAACUCCAGCAUUUGGGGUCUUUAUAUUUCCUUCAGUAUAUACUGAUUCUCACCUCACUUGUUCACAUUUUGAACUUACCUCCUUAUGACUAUGAAGUAAUCCUCUAAAGUAAGGCUAGAAUCUGAAUUCAACUUUUCUAUACAUCCCCGCAGAAAGAAUUGGUUUUAUGCUUUUCCAUAGCUUCGCAUGUCUUUUUGUUUCAACCCUAAAACACCUAAUAUGCUCUCCAUUAAUGCACUGGAACUGAUACCCAGGGAUGGCCCUUUUCGGUCAUUACUUCCUCACACUUGGUGCCGACGGGCGGCGCUAGGGCGCAAUAACUAAUACUGACUUCGCCCUUCCACCGAUCUCAUGUGGGAGGGGCAGCGGAGUCAAGGGUCAGCUUCGGCUCCUAUUCCCUGAUUUCCAGUAACUUAUCUCCCAAAGACCGCUGCAGGAAGAAGCUUAAAGUCUCUCAGGCGAUUUUCCUGAUCAGGGGAAUUCAGCGUUAAAAAGAGAAACAGCGCAGAGGCGCAGAUCCUCGCCGUUUGCAAGUUUCCGGCAGGAAGGAUGAUUCUAACUGAAGACUAAAUCCAACUCUCUGGCUCUUUGGGAAAGUCCAGGUUUUAGGAAACUCAAACUCGCCUCAAGAAAGCUCCGCAUCAGCGGUGCAGGUGACCAUAGGAGACGACUUGGGAAACCGCGACCUCUCACGGUUUUUGGAUUAGAAGACUCGCCCUUUCCUCCACGGCGCCACCAGGCGGCGCACCAGAGCGGUGGGAGACUGCGCGUGCGCGGCUGGCGGACCGUUCCGCAGACAAUGCUUCCAGCCGCCUCCGUCUUUCUCAGCAGCAUGAAGACCGGCGAGGACGCCAGAGGAGCGCGCAGCGAGGGGUCGCAGAACUUAGGCCUAUGCGUCCUCUGUGGCCUGCCCGCAGCCGGAAAGUCAACCUUCGCGCGUGCCCUCCGCCACCGGCUGCAGCUGGAGCAGGGCUGGGCGGUGGGCGUCGUCGCCUAUGAUGACGUCAUGCCGAACGUGUUCCUGGAGGAGGUGACUGCACGCCCAUUGCCAUCCCAGUGGAAGUUGCUUCGCCAGGAACUGUUGAAGUACCUCGAAUGCUUCUUGCUGGCUGUCAUUACUGGGUGUCAGAUGUCUGCCCCACCCAGUAGGACUCAAGCCAUGUGGGAAGAUUUUAUAACCUGCUUGAAGGAUCAAGAUCUGAUAGCUAGUGCAGCACUCGAGGCCCAGUCUCAGUACCUCUUAACGAAGACUGCUGUUUCUAGACCUUUGCUUUUGAUUUUAGAUGACAACUUUUAUUAUCAAAGUAUGAGAUAUGAAGUCUAUCAGCUGGCUCGGAAAUAUUCGUUAGGCUUUUGCCAGCUCUUUUUCGAUUGUUCUCUCGAGACCUGCUUACAGAGGAAUGGCCGGAGACCACAGCCACUGCCUGCCGAGACCAUCCGCCUGAUGGGAGGCAAGAUAGAAAAGCCCAACCCUGAGAAAAAUGCUUGGGAACACAACAGCCUCACAAUUCAGAGCCUGGCAUGUGCUCCAGAGGCCAGCCUGAAGCUGACUGAUUUAUUGCUCACUGCUUUGGAAAAUCCGAUAAAAUGCGUGGAGGAUGAUGUGGAACAAAAGGAAACAGACAGAAUCAUCUGUUCAACCAGCGUUCUUCAUCAGGCUGAUCAGACACUCCGAAGAAUUGUCUCUCAGACAAUGAAGGAAGCAAAAGUAAAUCAGGACAUCUUCUCAGAGGAAAUGACAUGUAAGCAGAGAUUGAUGAAAGCAAACAGCAGUCAUGCUGAUGUCUGGCUCAUUCCAGGCAAUGGACACAUCAUGUGUGAAGGCCCAUAGGUAAAGCUGGUCUGUUCUAGAGCAGAGACGAAGCCACUGAGUGUGGGGUGAAGUAAGGAAUGAGGAGAGGUGUUCAGGAGCCAGACACAAAAUCAAUGGGCUUUGAACAAGCUCAGUGCCUUGUCAGUCUGAAUGUGGAUGAACUAUGUGGCGAAUUAUAGUUUUAUAAAAUAAUUCCUUUGGGCGUUAAAUAUUGAACUCUUUGCUAUAUUUAUAAUUUGAUUUAAAAAAUAAGAGCAGCUUACCAUUUCUUGAACUCACUUUAUAUGCUAAGUGCCUUAUAAAUAUUGUUUCUAGUCUUUAGAAUCGGGCAUCAUUUUGUAAAUGAAGAAAUAGAAGGUUUCAGAGGUUAAGUAACUUGUCUGAGGCUGAACUCCAGCCACUAAAUAUGUGGGCAGCCUGGGUUGGAGUUAAGUCUGAAUCUUGUUUGUACUUCUGUUAUGCUCCCCGCCCCCACAUCACCGAAUUUAUUUAUUAAUGCCUUUAUAGAAACUUAGAACAUUGCAAAGAGAAACAGUAUACCAACAAUAGUUUUUGCAACUUUUUUUUUUUUUUUUUUGUCUUUUUAGGGC